AUGAAUCGACUAUCCUAUCUCUUGGCUGUAUUCGUGGCCUCUGGCCAUGUGGUUGCUGCCCCUCCUUUACAACAGUUUGGGUCCAUGCCCAUGAGCAAUCUCUUUUCCAGAGACACGAACGACUUCUUCAACCCUGAUGACUUGACAUUCAUCAAGAAACUGGCUGCUGUCGGGGAUUCCUACUCAGCUGGUAUAGGAGCUGGAGAUGGUCUACAGGGCGAAGGCGAUGAGAACUGCCGGCGUUACGACCACUCUUACCCCUACCUUAUUAACCAGGACGAGAGGCUUGGUGACGCUUCAAAGCGGAAGUUCCAGUUCAAAUCGUGCUCUGGUGCGGUCAUCAAGAAUGUGAUUGAAGAUCAACUGCCAAACAUCGACUCUGGCCAGCAAGUCAUACUUCUUUCUGCAGGAGGCAACGACGCUGAACUUGUCAAUAUUCUCAACCAAUGUGUGUUCCAAUGGUUUGCAUUAAACGAGCAACACUCAACCGUUGGCAAGGUUGCAGAGAUGAAAGGCGAGCCAUGGGCCAAAGGCUGGGACUGGGAUGCCUCAGCUCGUGGGUGCCCAGGUCAGCUCAAGGCUUCUAAGGACAUCAUCAACAGUGAUGAGUUUUCGCAAAGGCUGGAAUCUGUCAUCCAAGCUGCCAAGAAGAAGCUGGCUUCGGACGGUAUGAUUUACUACACAGGAUAUGCCAAAUUCUGGAGCACCGACUACGGGUCGGCUUGCGACAAGGUGUCAUGGUCAACAUGGAUCUUUAAAUCAUACAACAUAUGGCAACCUGCAGCGCGCCUUGAAGAGUUGCGACGAAGGGAAAUAAAUCGAUUGGUGGACCUUAUAAAUGAAAAGAUAGAACUUGCCGUGAAGAAUGCGGGCGAUAAGGUUAUGUUUGUCAAUUAUGAUGAGUAUGUCGGCCACUUCAAAGGUCGGUAUUGUGAAAAUGGCAUUGACGAAGCCUCUACCGAGAGCAAUACAAGACCCGAGUUAAUGUUUUAUGAGCUGGACACAUUUGAUCCAUGGGGAUCUAAUCCUUGGAAGCGAAGUACUGUCGAGCACAAGAACGGGUCGUUUUCUGGCUACAUGAACAUGUUUGCACGAGCGACGGAGUUUGUUGCCCCGGAUGUCAAAUUCAGAGAGGCACAAAGAAUCGAGACCACCUCGGAGUUAAAUGCCCAGCAAGCUGCAGCACAAGGGGCAACUGAAGAUGUGCCAAACUUGUUGCCCGACGGUUACGGGCGUGUCUUCCAUCCUCAGAUCCUGCUGCACGAACUCAUUGCGAACCUUGUACUUUUCCACGUCUCCAACCGCCGAAUGGAAGAGAACGAGCUACAGCCGGAGCCACUACUUGAUACGUCUGUGGCUUCCUGCCCGAUCAAUCCUUCCGACGGCAAGACAGUUCUGCAAUACAAGAAGGUCGAAGCAGGAGAGGCAGUCAAGAAAGGUACCAAGCUGCGAAUCCUUCCAGUUGGUGACUCCAUCACAGUCGGGUACCUGAGCGACAGGAAGGGAGGCGAUGGUAACGGAUACCGCGGCCAAUUGAAGAAGGACUUAUCUGGAGACAAUAUUGUGUUUGCUGGAACAGAGUCUUCAGGUUCUAUGAGCGGUGGCUACUAUGCAGCAUGGUCUGGAAAGACGAUCCAAUACAUCUCUGACCACGUAGAACCUUCCCUCAAACAGCGCCCCAAUAUCAUUCUCCUUGCGGCCGGUACGAACGACAUGAACCCAAACCACGGUAUCUCGAAAGAAGGCAACGACCCGAAGGGAGCGGUCGAGAGAUUAGGAAAGCUCAUCGACAAGAUGAUCAAGGCAUGCCCAGAUGCAACUAUCUUGGUUGCAAUGAUUAUCGAUACCUGCGACAAAAGACAAUCGCCGGCGACAAAGGAGUACCAGAAACUGAUCCCGGGAGUGGUCAAGUCACGACGCGAAGACGGACAGCAUGUCCUCGCUGUUGACUUUAAAACUUUGAAGACGAGCGAUCUGCAAGACUGCAUUCAUCCUACCAACGACGGAUACAAGCUCAUGGGCGAUUAUUGGUACAGCUUCAUCCAUCAGAUUCCAAGUAGUUGGGUUAAAAAGCCGGUUGGGUUUGAUCCAAAUGACAACGAUGAUGGCACAAAUGGGGGUAUCGACAAGAACAUUCCAGCGCCAGACUGGGGCAAGAGCCCUAUUCAAGUAACAUCAAAGAAGAUUGUCGCGGAGGCCGCUGAGUAUGCCACUGGCGGCAACAAGAAACAGGUCACAUGCAAUGGAAAUCCGUGGUAUAAAGCCACAGGCAAGAUUGCCCAGGGAGGGGUUGGUAAGAAUGGAGACUGGAAAUACCACAAGAACUGGGUAUCCAAGGGACAAGUUGCUGAAGGGCUUGGUUUGGAUAAUCGUUAUGUCACACUGCACGACAUGAACGGUGAUGGUAAAGCCGAUUAUGUUUGGAUCGAUCCAAAGACCGGCGAGAUUACAUGUUGGCUCAACAAUCUUCCCAAGCCUUGGUCAAAAGCCGGCACCAAUAACGGCAUCAUUGGCAGCGGCGUAGGUCCUGCAAAGACCAUUUAUCUGGCAGACAUGAACGGCGAUGGACUGGAUGAUUACCUUGUCGUAGAUCCUGACAAGGGAUCCGUUCGCGUGUGGUGGAACUUUGGUCCUGAUAAGAGCUGGGACAACGGAUGGAAGUUCGUCCCUGGUGGUGAGAUCGCUUCGGGCGUGCCACAUGCUAACCUAGAAACUCUACGAUUCCCGGAUAUCAAUGGCGACGGAAGAGCUGAUUAUGUUUACAUUGGUGAAGGGGGCUCGUUGAAGCAUCAUCUUAACACCGGCUCACCUGGAGGACGAGACGUGCUGUUCCAUGCUAUGGGUGGUAUCGCCACAGGUGCUGUCCGAGACAUUUCCAAACUGGUUUUUGCCGAUAUGAAUGGAGAUGGCCGGGACGACUAUCUGAUCUGGGAUGAGGAUGGUGGAUUGACAGGGUUUCUCAACCAACCUACGAACAACGAAGGCGUCCCACUUUUUAUCAAUCAAGGUCCUGCCAAGACAGUCGCCGAUGGAAUUAAGAAGAAGCCAAGCACUAUCAGGUUAGCAGACAUGGACGGUGACGGAAAGGACGACUAUGUGUACAUUGGUGAGCAUGGUGCCCUCUCGGUAUGGUACAACCGGGGCUCUACAGAUGAUUCCAUGGCUAUAGAUGGCCUUCGCUUUGCAGACAUUGAUGGCGAUGGGGUGGAUGAUUACGUUUGGCUGGACCCCAAGUCUGGAGCUGCAACAGUCUAUCUCAACGCAGGGGUUGACGAUGCAGACUCUCUAGGGUGGUCAUGGAAGCCAUUGAACAGCGGUAAACCAAUUUCCAUUGGUGAAGUGCCCGCAAGUCAAGUGGUGUUUGGUGAUAUUGACGGCGACGGGUUAGACGACUACCUCGAUCUGGAUGCAACAACGGGUCAACUCAAAGCCUACCUUAACCUCGGAAAGGAAGGAGACUGGAAGUUCAGGGCCAUCGACACCAUCGCAUCUGGUCUUGGCCCCGGAAAGAGAGUGCGUAUCGCUGACAUCGACGGCGAUGGCCGGGAUGAUUACAUAUUCCUCAAAGACAACGGCGGUACUACCAUAUACCGUAAUAUCUACGCACCUGAAGUGUCGGUCGACAAGUACGCGCCCAUGCCAGAUGCAGAUGCUUCUGGCAUAAACCAGUCCCCAGACGAGAUCGACUUUGUUGACCUCAACGGAGAUGGAAAGGCUGAUUACGUCUGGACGAGCCGGCUUGACGGUCGCGUCAAGGUAUGGUACAACAACUACCCCAACAAGCCAACAUGGAAGGAAACUGGAGAGAUCGCCGGAGGUGUUGGAACUUCUGGCGCCAACAUCCGAUAUGCCAAGCUUCAAUCAACCGGUCGCCACGAUUACGUUGCCGUUGAUCCUGGGACAGGGGCGAUCGGUGCGUGGCUCAACGGCUGUGGCGACCCUGAUACUUCUAAGAAGAAGCAUAGCGUCGUCUUCACCAAAGCUCCCAGCGGCGAAUGGAUUGUCAAGCAGAGGCCGGUGGGAGCGGAUGUACCUUCUGAAUAUUGUGGGUUUGAUAACGUCUACAAGGGCGAGCAGGCGCUGUUGAGUGAGCCUGAUGAUGCAAAGUUCCCAUUUGCGUUUACCAGCAUGAAGAAACUCUACGACCACUCGUGUUUCUACUUGGGAGGUGCAUAUAGAGUGGCAACAAACACACAACGCAUCGUCGAAAUCGCCGGCAUUAAUACCAGCAACGUAACUGUCUGGGACUGUCCUUCAACCACAAGCCCUGAUCUCAGCCAAGCCAUGAUUCAAACCGCCAUGAACGAUUUCGCAUAUACAUUCUACACGGAGAAAAACGUCAAGGGUGCUUUUGAGCGUUACGUAGCAAGCAACUACGUGCAGCACAACCCCAGCAUUCCGGAUGGGAAAGACGCAGCUGUGAAGAUCUUGUCGCCUUUAUUCGAAUCUAAGGAUAAUACUUUUGAGAUUGCUCGCGUUAUGGUUGGACCGGAGUACACGACAAUUCAUAUUAAGGCUGGAGGCGCUAACAACUCUUUGACAAAUGUCUUUGAUGUUUACAGGACCAAGGGGUCAUGUAUUGUUGAGCACUGGGAUUGUCUGCAGGCCAUGGAGAAGAACACUACGUCACACCAUCCAUACUUUUAG